AUGGCUUAUCCAUCUCAACUAGGAUUACAAGAUGCUUCAUCACCUAUCAUAGAAGAAUUAAUAAAUUUCCAUGACCACACACUCAUAAUCGUCUUUCUCAUUAGCUCCCUAGUACUAUACAUCAUCACACUUAUGUUGACAACAAAACUGACUCACACCAGUACUAUAGACGCACAAGAAGUAGAAACCAUUUGAACUAUUUUACCCGCAGUCAUUCUCAUCCUUAUUGCCCUCCCAUCCCUACGAAUCCUUUAUAUGAUAGACGAAAUUAAUAACCCAGCCCUCACCGUAAAAACUAUAGGACACCAAUGAUAUUGAAGCUAUGAGUACACAGACUACGAAGACCUUUGCUUCGACUCUUAUAUGGUCCCAACCUCUGACCUUAAACCAGGAGAACUCCGACUUUUAGAAGUAGAUAACCGAGUAGUACUCCCCAUAGAACUUCCCAUUCGAAUAUUAAUCUCAUCCGAAGACGUCCUACACUCAUGAGCCGUCCCUUCCCUGGGACUAAAAACAGACGCAAUCCCAGGACGGCUUAAUCAAGCAACUAUUUCAUCCAACCGUCCAGGCCUAUUCUACGGACAAUGCUCGGAAAUUUGCGGAUCCAACCACAGCUUUAUACCCAUUGUCCUAGAAAUGGUCCCUCUAAAAAACUUUGAAGACUGAUCUUUAUCAAUAAUCUAA